GUUUAGUUCCCUUUCUGGGUAGGUGAUAGAGUACUGUUGGGCCCUCGACAUACCACUACACAUGCCGAUUCUAUACCUAUAAUAUCCACUUUUCAGUUGCUUCGUCGCUCCUAGGGUACCGGUCAUCAUUCUUUUUGGCCAGCCCAUUCCAUCGUUUAUACUUGGUUUCAACCCUGAAUACCCUCGCUGAGCAGUUCCACGGUCACCAUGUCGGAACCGAAAGAUUUUACCGUCAUCGAGAUUGCCGAGGAUCCUUUUUAUUCUCCCCAAGAUGCUGCUGCUGAAGCUUCAUCGACGAAACAAAAACCCUCCUCCUCUGGUGACACGGUUGAGCGUAUCUCUGCAUUCAUCUCAGACUGGACGCCUUUCUGCCUCGUUGCUUCGUACUAUGUCUUCUCAACAUGCCUGUACAUGUACUGCAGCGACGGCCUCAUUGCCGUUUUCUGGUUCAUCUAUAUGUGUACCAACUUCUACAUUGCUGGCGCUACUGUUCUCGAGGCAUUCAUGAGCAUCACACCCUGCCGGGAAGCGAGGAAAAUUGUCACCCAAGCAGAGCAGAAGGCAUGGAACUUUCCUACGCCAGACAGCGAACUCCUUGUCCUUGAUCUGCUCAUUGUCGCGUAUCUUCCCAACGAGAAGGACAUCAUCAUGGAUCGGGCACUUUACGCUCUGCAGCAAAUCGACUAUCCGCGGGAUAAAAUCCGCAUCAACAUCCUCUACAAUACCCCGAAACCCAUGGAGCCACUGGAGACCCAGUUGAACGACCUCACUCACCGCUUCCCCCACGCAAGGGUUAUCAAAGUCCCGGGCUCUACCUCGAAGGCGGACAAUCUCAACCACUUCCUCACUCUUGAGACCGGUUCUGACCUGAUUGCGAUCUACGACUGCGACCACUACCCGCAUCCCAAUGCCCCCCGAUGGGCUGUGGAACGCUUCAUGGCCGACCAAGAAAUCGACAUUGUGCAAGGUCGCUGCGUCGUUUUCAAUGCAGCAGAGACGUACUUGACGAGCAUGAUUGCCGUUGAGUUUGACAAAAUCUACGCUGUAUCGCAUCCAGGCCGUGCGACCAUGUGGGGCUUCGGGUUGUUCUGUGGCUCCAACGGAUAUUGGCGAAGUUCGCUUCUUCGCGAACUCAAGAUGGAUGGCGAUAUGCUUACCGAGGAUAUUGACUCGGCGUUGCGGGCAUUCUCUAGGGGCGCAAAAACGGUACACGACCUCAACGUCACUUCAUACGAACUCGCACCCACGACGUUUCCAGCAUUCUGGAAGCAACGCCUACGAUGGGCUCAGGGUUGGGCGCAAGCGAGUAUGAAGCAUGUAAAGAUGGUGUACAACAAACCCCAGGAUCAGAUCCACGCCAAGGACAGUCGCUCGUUUGUGGCUCGCUUUGGGAUUUUCUCCCUGCUGCUCAUCCGAGAGGUGAGCUACUAUCUGGUCACGCAGUACACCUGCCUCGUGCUCAGCUUCCUCAUCGUCAAGUUCCCGAAGACUGGCAGCGAGCUCUUCAAGCUAGUCUACUUCCAAUACCCAAUCUCGCAGUGGCUCUUCAUUAUCAGUAUUGUAUGCCUGGUCGCGACGCUGUGGAUCACCAACCAGGUCAAGUCAGAAUUCGUGUCGAGAGGGAUGAUUAUCUCGUUCUCCCUCAUGUACCCUGGCUAUUUGAUUCUCUCGGCGACGAUUGGCUUGUACGGGCAUGCAAGGCAGGUGGUCAGGUACAGCUCAUGGAACCCUACUGCGCGGAAGUAGAAGCCCUUGGUCUGACGGCUGCUGCGCCGUCACGUCGUCACCGCGAGCAGGGCAAGGCUCCCUGCGUUGGAAGAAGCUUAUCGUGUUCCUUGGUGUUUUUUCCGGCGGUUCCUCGGUACCAUGCACCAUGCAGCGCGGCAGUUGGUUCCGACGGGUCUGGGUAAUGAAAGUAUUCUUGGGUCGGCGUUUUCUGCAGACUUCCCUGCACAUAGAGCUGCAUGCAGCAGCGCAAUGUCCCGUCAGGGGCUAGAGCAGUCUCAUUCUGCAGGUAUAUGUACAUACAUAAUUAAUAAUUCGACCAUGCACGAUUUCCACCAACACGGC